CAAGGUGGGGGUGGAAUCGGUUGGGAAUACGGGUGGGAAAAACUACACCUCUCGCCAACGUUUCGACCAUUUUCAGCGUUCAGUGGUUACAACCCAGUCUGUUCAUUUUCUUUUCGCUUUUUGCAGAGGUUGGAAGGAAAUUGAAGAAAAGCGAUGUGGAAAGCAGCAGCUGGUCGUUCCGUCUCUGUUACCGUUGACGACGGUCCUGAUGACUGGGAGACAGAUCCUGACUUUGAGAAUGAUUUGACUGAGAAAGAGCAGCGAUGGGGAGCGAAAACGGUGGUGGGUUCUGGACAUCAGGAGCACAUCAACAUCCACGAGCUUCGUGAGACGGUGUCGUGUGAGCACAGUGAUCUGAAACAGCGGGAGCUGGAUACCAUGCCCAAAGCUUCGCAUGGUUAUGGAGGGAAGUUUGGUGUUCAGGAGGACCGAAUGGACAAGUCAGCUGUGGGUCACGAGUAUCAGAGUAAACUGUCGAAGCACUGCUCCCAGACAGACACGUCUAAAGGCUUCGGGGGUAAAUUUGGAGUUCAGAGUGACCGUGUGGACCAGUCUGCUGUAGGGUUCGAGUAUGCUGGGAAAACAGAGAAACAUGCCUCACAGAAAGAUUACACCAGUGGUUUUGGGGGUCGGUAUGGUGUUCAGACUGAUCGUGUGGACGAGAGCGCUGUAGGCUUUGAUUAUCAGGGAAAAACAGAGAAACACGAAUCCCAGAAAGAUUAUGCUAAAGGAUUCGGUGGGAAAUAUGGAGUGGAAACUGAUAAAGUGGACAAAAGUGCCGUGGGCUUUGAGUACCAUGGCAAAACGGAGAAACACGAGUCACAGAAAGACUACGUGAAGGGCUUUGGAGGAAAGUUUGGUGUGCAGACGGACCGUGUGGAUAAAUCCGCUCUUGGCUGGGACCAUCAGGAGAAACUGCAGCUUCACGAGUCUCAGAAAGAUUAUAAGCGUGGGUUUGGAGGGAAAUACGGGGUGGAGGUUGAGAAGCAGGAUCAGUGCGCACUUGGCUUUGACCACAAAGAGAGUCUGGCUAAGCACGAGUCUCAACAAGAUUACUCCAAAGGGUUUGGAGGGAAGUUUGGAGUGCAAGAGGACCGAAUGGACAAGAGUGCAGGAACAUUUGAGGAUGUUGAGAAACCCACUGCUGCUUACCAAAGGACCAAACCAGUAGAAGCAGUCGGGAGAGGAACCGGAAGCAUUAAGGCUCGUUUUGAGAAUCUGGCCAAGCAGAACGAGGAAGAGGACAAGAAACGGGCACAGGAGGAGCGAGCCAGACGACAAGCCAAGGAGAAGCAGGAGCAAGAGGAAGCCCGCAGAAAGGAGGUGAGUACCAAAGCUAAGGAUCCUUCCCCUCAGCCCAGCCCCACCUCCACCACUCAGACCCACCAGUAUCAGAUUCCUGAUUCACACAAGAAGACAGAGGAGACCGAGGAGCACGUGUAUGAGGUAGAGCCGAGCACAGAGCACGAGGAGCUCUACCAGACCCCAGAUGAGGAUGAGCAGUACCAGGCUGCAGAUACUCAGUCUUAUGAUUAUGGCGAGGACCUGGGAGUGACUGCUGUGGCUCUAUAUGAUUAUCAAGCUACCGGUGAUGACGAGAUCUCCUUCGACCCCGAUGACAUCAUCACCAACAUUGAGAUGAUUGACGAGGGCUGGUGGAGGGGCGUGUGCAGGGGGGCUUACGGACUUUUCCCAGCCAAUUAUGUUGAAGUCCGGCAGUAAGCCCUGCCCAUCAGCCUUGCCCAACUCCCUGGAGGAGAAGGGAUCUCCUUUGCACACCUUUCCAUUUGUAUCCCUUUCGUUUUCCUUCGCCUCACUGCGAUGCUUUCGGCAUCCUCAGGUCUUGCUCCUCUCUUCCUACUUUAUCCAUUCCCCUUUUCUUUGCCCAAGAAUAAGCCCUGCUGUAUCCCUAUUCCUGAGCAAAAUCCUUCCUUCAUUGUCACACGUUUUCCUCUCCUUGUUGUUCCUGUUAACAUUUAACAAUAGUGUAGUCCACGAUGGCACCAAAAUGCAACAUAAUUGAUCAACUGGGAUACAAUCUUGGCUUCGGGUUUUAUUGAUUGCGUACAUGCAAGUGUGUGAAGAUGCGAGGACUUCUAACAGAUGGUAAAUUUUGGAAGGGUUGGUGGAAGAUUUGGUGUAAAGAACCCAAAAAAAAAAAGAUGUGUAUUAGAAAGGGAAUGCUGUACAUUUUUGGGUGGAGAGGCAAAUAUAUGGAUUUGAAUUCCUGCCCAAAGUACAUUAAUGCAAUCCAAAA